GAGUAUGAUAGUGCUAUUAAGAAAGUGUCACUUUUUAAGAUUCCGCACGAAAUUUUGAUCAAUUAUUGGCCUACGGCGAGUGGCGAACCACCUCCGGACAUGCCACACUGUGGAUACGACGGCAGUCUAUGUGACCACACAAAACACAUAGUAUUGGGCGCCGGGCUAGUCAUUGCCCUCGUCAGUAUUCCACUUGGCUACUAUCUCUAUCGCAGAGGAAAAGAGAAGCAACUGUAUGAUAUGACAUGGCGUAUACCUCGCGAAUCGGUGCGCUUACUAGACGCCGCCUUCGGGCUAAAAAUGCUGGAGAACGAAAAUUUGAAUAAAUUCUAUGGUAUCUGUUUCAAUCAGCACAAUGAGCUAUUAAUCCUGUGGGUACUGAUUGCCCGCGGAAGUCUCGAGGAUAUUUUGUUCAAUGAGGAAAUGAAGCUGAGUCGCAAUUUUCAAGUGUCUUUUGCUAAGGAUGUCGUAAAGGGUCUACUUUACUUGCAUACGUCAGCGGUGCAGUAUCACGGUCUGUUGUGCUUGCAAAACUGCUUAGUGGACUCGAGCUGGACGAUAAAACUGACCAACUUUUGUACCGAGAUUAUUGUCGCCGAGAAAUUGGCGCGCAACGAGAUCAAGGAAAUGCAUAAGGAUGUCGACGACGACAUUGAAUUUGCGAACGGCAGCAGAAGUAAUUGUGUCGCUUUUGUUUUAAAUUUCUUCGCUCUGAAACAAAUUAAACUAUGA